AGGCACGAUAAGGGGAUAAAAAGAUAUUAGAUGGAAUGAACUAUAUUCUGUUUAUAUAAUGAAACCCAGGAACUUAUCUUUAGACACCAACUAGUUGUUUCAAUAUGUAUGACCUUGGCAGUGUUUAAGUACUCUUACAUUUUUCGAUUUCACAGAGUCAUGAAAACGCGCUGUUUUCGAGGUUUUGGAUGUUUACGAUCAUCAGAAGACGUAACUACUGGGAUUCGAAAGAAACUCGUUAUUGUUGGCGAUGGUGCAUGCGGAAAAACCUGUCUACUAAUUGUAUUCAGCAAAGAUCAAUUCCCAGAAGUUUAUGUCCCAACAGUGUUUGAAAAUUAUGUCGCUGAUAUUGAAAUUGAUAAUAAACAAAUUGAAUUAGCCCUAUGGGAUACAGCUGGCCAAGAAGAUUAUGACCGUCUCCGUCCAUUAUCCUAUCCAGACACAGAUGUAAUAUUAAUGUGUUAUUCAAUAGACAGUCCCGACAGUUUAGCUAAUAUUAAAGAGAAAUGGAUACCUGAAGUUAAACACUUUUGUCCAGAUGUUCCAAUUGUACUAGUUGGCAAUAAAAGUGACCUCAGACAUGAUGAUAAGGUUAUCAGUGAACUUGCACGAAUAGGUCAACAUCCGGUCACUGCUGAAGAGGCUAGAGCGGUUGCUAACUAUAUCAACGCCUACAAAGAGAUUGAAUGUUCAGCGAAAACAAAAGAAAAUGUUCGUCAAGUAUUUGAACUAGCUACUAGAGCAUGUUUAACUGUUCGAAGAAAGCAUAAAAAACACUACAAAUUAUUUUGAAUUUUUUUAUUCACUUAUAUACAUACAUAUUUGAAUUUCUUCGUCUAAUCAAUAUGUUCAAUUAUUUCCAUCAUAUUCAUUCAUUUGUUUUAAUUUCUUCCCUUCUAACUUUUCAAAAGUGUGAUGUUGAUGAUGAUAAUGAUGUUCUUGAGGUCUUCAUCACAGAGGGCGGGGUGGUAGGGUGGGACGAGAGGCUGUUCUGUUGAUAAUUCUGUUGCAUAAUUUCCUUUCUAUCUAAUAUUUAUGCCCAUUAAUAUUAUUAUUCUUAUCUUGAGUUCUUUGUGUGUUGAUAAGGGUAUUUAUGCAUACCUUACUGUCGGUGUGUAUGUAUGUGUGUGCGUGCGUGCGCGCAUCCGUGCGUCCGUAUGUGUAUGUGUGUAUGCAUUACAGAUUUUUUUUAUACAUAUAUUGAUAAUCAUUUGUAUAUCAGUUACAUUUUGUUUGUAUGUUUGUAUGUUUGUUUCUUUUUCAUUGAACAAUGUUUUGUAUAAUGAUGAUUAUAUUUUAUUGUGUUUAUUUAUUUAUUUCUUUUUUUUUUACAUCUAAGCAUUUAGAAAAAUUGCCGAGUGAGCGAUCAAGAGAAAAGAAAAAGAAAGAAAAU